CAGAAUCAGAUAUAGCGAUAGUAAUAUCAGUAGUCUGACUUCAACAGAUCUAUCUUAUGUUUCAUCUUCUGAUCCUUCGGAUUCGAAUUCGGGAAAUUCCAUGAAUUAUCUUGAUGAAACUGAACAGGAAAUUAUGGAGGAUUUUGUCGAGAGUAGUACUAAAGGAAUACCCGAAGAAGCUGUACAAAUGGAAAACACAUUUCAAUUUGAUGAGUGA